AUGUGAGUGUUCUGUGACUGUGUUCUGUGUGUGUGUGUGUGUGUUUGCUUGUUUAUGUAUGUGUGUGUGUGUGUGUGUGUUUAUGUAUGUGUGUGUGUGUGUGUGUGUGUGUGUGUGUGUGUGUGUGUGUGUGUGUGUGUGUGUGUAUGUGUGUGUGUGUGUGUCUGUGUGUGUGUAUGUGUGUGUGUGUGUGUCUGUGUGUGUGUGUGUGUCUGUGUGUGUGUGUGCGUGUGUGUCUGUGUGUGUGUGUCUGUGUGUGUGUGUGUGUGUCUGUGCGUGUGUGUGUGUGUGUGUGUGUACGUUCGUGCGUCUUAUGUGUGUAUGUGUGUGUUAAUGCAUGUGUGGUUGUGCGUGUGUGUGUAUGUGUGUGUGUGUGUGUGUGUGUGUCUGUGCAUGUGUGCGUGUGUGUGUGUGUGUGUGUGUGUCUGUGUGUGUGCGUGUGUGUCUGUAUGUGUAACAGGAAGUGUGUGUGUGUGUGUGUGUGUGUGUGUGUGUGUGUGUGUGUGUGUGUGUGUGUAUGUGUGUGUGUGUGUGUGUGUGUGUGUGUGUGUAUGUAUGUGUGUGCGGCGGAUCAUGAUGAAGAGAUGA